AUGGUGACAAAUUGUAGCACCUGCGCCAAAGAUCGCCGUGAGCCCACAGAACUACUCAUGUCAAGCUCUUUCCCCUCCCGACCAUGGGAGAGAUUAGCUGCUGACCUCUUUGAACUUGCGGGAAAGGUCUAUUUGAUUGUUGUUGAUUACUACUCAAGGUGGUUCGAGAUCAGGAGACUAAACGACCAAUCAUCUUCCAGAGUCAUUUCAGUCCUAAAAGAACUAUUUUCUACGCAUGGCAUACCUGACAUUAUUGUAUCAGAUAAUGGCCCGCAAUUCAGCUCCGAUGCAUUUCGUCUGUUUACCCCUGAGUACGACUUUAUUCAUGUGAUAAGCUCACCAAAAUACCCAAGAGCCUAUGGGGAAGUCGAAAGGGCGGUCCGCACGGUCAAAGCACUGCUCCGCAAGAAUGAAGACCCGUAUCCAGCCCUCCUUGCUUACCGAUCUACACCAUUGCAGAAUGGUUUUUCACCCAGCGAGUUGCUCAUGGGGCGCCGCCUACGAACUAAAGUUCCUGCCAUGCCCAGCAUCCUCAAACCUAAUGUGCAAGAUACAGACCGGCAAAGAGUGCAACUGAGAGAGGACGAAUACAGGUCAAAGCAACAGAUCUACCAUGACAAACGACACCAAGCCCGUGCUCUCCCAUCAUUGACCACUGGCCAGCAAGUUUGGGUGCGAGACCAGAACCGGGAAGGUCAGAUCUUGGGAGCCACAAAACAACCAAGGUCCUACUUAGUGAAGACUGAGAUGAGCACUUUGCGACGUAACCGGUCCGCUCUAGUCCCAACCAGUUCACAACCAGCCUUUCCCACUGACGGGCCAACUAUGGUACCUCAGGAUAAAGCACUGCCCGUGAACCACACGCCUCCAAGGGUUUCUACCCCCGUCUCAGAGAACCAACCGGCUGAACCUACAACGCCUACUACUUGUUGA